AUGGAGGAGGGAUGCCCCAUAGAAGAAGGCUACCUCAUGGAGGAGGGCUGCCCCAUAGAAGAAGGCUACCUCAUGGAGGAGGGCUGCCCCAUGGAGAAAGGCUACCUCAUGGAAGAAGGCUGCCCCAUGGAGAAAGGCUACCUCAUGGAAGAAGGCUACCUCGAAACAAGGACCUCCUUAAAAAUCGCCUCCUUCGAUUUGGAUGGCACGCUGGUUAACCCCACAGGAGAUAAGCACCCUAACAGUGUCAUAUUGAGUAGGGAAGCAAUACAAAGCAUCAUUGUCUUAAGGAAGAUACACCAAUACAAGGUCGUCAUUUUCUCCAAUCAGACGAGUGUCUCUUCCCCCUUGUAUGACUGUGCCCACGUAGAGCGGAACAAGCUCCCGCUGCUCUUCUCAAAGAUGGCGAAGUUAGCAGAAACCCUCCGAUAUUUUUACGCUCUUUAUGGGAGUGACCUGGGGGUGCAACUGAAUAGAGAUACGUACCCUUCGAUGGAGGGCCGACGUGGGAGAGGCCCCCCCGCUGACACCCCAAUUAUUGGCGCUGCUCAGAGGAACAACUUCCCGGUGAGCGCCUUCUUUGCAGUGGGGAAAGGCAAUAUCGAAGCGUUAGAUAUGUAUCCGAAGCCCAGCGAGGGACAGUACUGCCUCUUUAUCUGCCUGGAGGGAGUCAAAUAUGCCCUCCUAGUAAUGAGUUAUUUUGCAAAAAGGCAUAGGACCCUACUGGAGAGGGAAGUAAUCAGACAGAAAGACAAACCUUUGGGAGACUUCCUCCAACUUGUACUCGACAUGCUCAGCAAUGACUAUUUACGUGCCCUAGUGAAGAAGCUUCGGAGGGGGUUCUUUCACCUGAAAAAGGUCAGCUUACUCGUGCUGGAUGUCUACAUAAAUGGCCUGUUGCAGAAAAUGGAGUCGUACACUCGGUUUGGGAGGGACCACCCGGGGUAUGCGGCGCACGUGGAGUUCUUUCUGAGGGACGUGGAGUGGGGUAGAUAUGUUGGCAAUGAUAGCGAGGGUGGCGAAGGUGACGGUGAUGACCGUACUGACCCUGUUGGCGCGCCCCCUUCCCCUGAGCUGCUGCGCGAUGAUGUUUUUUUGUCCCACCUCACCCGAUGCCUGGCGCGGAAAAACGAAAUCAUGAAGCGCCUCGCCGCCACCUUCUCCAGUGUGCUCCUCAAUUCUCAGGAGAGCUUCUACGCGGGGGACAACGUCGGCCGGGAUUUCGACAAAUCGGACGUGGAUUUGCAGUUUGCCGUACGGGCUGGGAUGAGACUCCUAGAUGAUGGCCAGGUACGCGAGUUGGGUAGCCCCAAACAGUGA